AUGAAGUUCUCUUUCACCCUCGCGGCUUCUGCCCUCAUCUCCGCCGUUGUUGGCGAUGCCGUCCCUUUCGAGAGACUCAACAAGAACGACACCCUGCUCCUCGUCGUCGACAUGCAGGAGGGUCUCUUCAACAUCGCUCGUGACUUCGAUGCCACCCUCUACCGCAACGCGAUGCUCGCCCACUCUUCUCUGGCCAAGGUCUUUGACCUCCCCGUCAUCCUGACCACCUCCGCCGAGACCGGCCCCAACGGCCCCCUCCCCCAGGAGAUCCUCGACCACCACCCCACCGCUCCCCUCAUCAAGCGCAACGGUGAGGUCGACGCCUGGGACAACUCCGAGUUCCGUGACGCUGUCCGCGCUGCCAACAAGUCCCAGAUCAUCCUCGCCGGUAUCACCACCGACGUCUGCACCACCUUCCUCGCUCUCUCCCUCCGCGCCGAGGGCUACUCCGUCUGGGCCAACGUCGAGGCUUCCGGCACCAACACCGAGCUCAUCCGCGACGUCUCCAACGACCGCAUGGCCGCCGCCGGUGUCCAGAUCGUCUCCCUCUUCUCCAUUGCCAUGGACCUCAUGCGCGACUGGCGCAACACCCCCGGUGUCGGUGAGGUCCUUCCCUGGCUCGACCAGUACUACCCCGUCUACGGCUACGUCGCCCGCGGCCACCGCGCUGCUGUCGAGAACGGCACCAUCAACGACGGCCAGAAGGCUUCCCCCCGCCGCUAA